CACCAAAGAGACCCCAGCGUACGUGGCUCCUUUGGAGAGAAGCGCCUGCUUUUGGGGGACCCAAAGGCAUGUGAAACAGGGCUUGCUUUGGGAUCUGCCCUUGGCAUGGGCACCCAUUCCCAAACCUGGAGGAGGAGAAGAAGAGCAGCAGAGACUAGAGGAGCGACGUUCCAAGCUCCCUGGCUGAGCAGACCCAAAGCGUGAGGAGGGGGGAGACGCCUCCCUUAGCCCAGCCGCCAUGCCUUUUGGGCUGAAAUUGCGAAGGACCCGGCGCUACAAUGUCCGGCACAAGAACUGUUUCAUGACCCGGAUUCGCUUGUUGGACAACAACGUGAUUGAGUGCACCCUCUCCGUGGAGAGCACCGGGCAAGAAUGCCUGGAAGCCGUGGCUCAGAGGCUGGAAUUACGAGAGACGCACUAUUUUGGCCUUUGGUUUCACAGCAAGAACCAGCAAGUGCGAUGGGUGGAACUGGAGAAACCUCUGAAAAAACAGCUGGACAAGUUUGCCAGCGAGCCUCUGCUUUUCUUUGGGGUCAUGUUCUACGUGCCCAGUGUCGCCCGACUGCAGCAAGAAGUCACGAGGUAUCAGUAUUACCUACAGGUUAAAAAAGAUGUUCUUGAUGGACGAUUGCGAUCUUCAUUUGAACAAGGGAUAAGGUUAGCAGCAUUGGCGGUUCAAGCUGGUUUUGGAGACUACCAUCAGUUUGAAUCCCAUGAUUUUCUCCGGGAAUAUGUUCUGUUUCCUAUGGAUUUGACCCAAGAUGAAGCAGUCCUGGAGGAACUGACUCAGAAAGUAGCUCAGGAACACAAAAAUCAUAGUGGCAUCUCUGCAGCAGACGCGGAAUUUCUUUACAUCAGUGAAGUAGAGCGGCUAGAUGGGUUUGGGCAGGAAAGCUUCCCUGUGAAGGACAAUCAAGGUAACGACAUGAAUCUUGGGAUCUUCUGCAUGGGGAUUUUCGUCAAGAAUAGAAUGGGAAGGCCCACAGUGAUGUACAGGUGGAAUGACAUUGGAAAUAUAACUCAUAACAAGUCUUCAAUUGCUGUGGAGCUGCUUAACAAAGAAGAAACUGUGCUCUUUCAUACGGAUGACCUUGAAAAUGCCAAGUACAUUUCACGGCUGUUUGCUGCGAAGCACAAGUUUUACAAACAAAACAAAAUCUGCACAGAACAAUCAAAUUCUCCCCCUCCUAUCAGGCGACGGCCCACCUGGAGUAGAUCAUCCUUGCCAAGGCAGCACCCCUUUAUUAUGCCUCCUAUGCAUGUCCAGUGUGGAGAACACUACACUGAAACUCACAAUUCACAAGAUAGCAUUUUUCAUGGCAACGAGGAGAUGAUUUACUAUCGAUCUCAGACCAGCUUGGACCGAUGUGCAAUGGACAGCUACAUGAACGGCAACGUCCCCAACGGCAGCGUGUGCAGUGCCCAGAGUAUGAACUCUCUCAACCACUCCCAGAAUUUCAUGCAAGCUUCUCCAGUGUCCUCCAACCUCAGCAUACCUGGAAGUGACAUCAUGAGAGCAGACUACAUCCCAAGCCAUAGACACAGUGCAAUCAUUGUACCUUCCUAUAGGCCGACGCCAGACUAUGAUACUGUGAUGAGGCAAAUGAAAAGAGGGGUUGUUCACACGGAUAGCCAAAGCCAAUCUUUGAGGAACCUCAACAUUGGAAACACGCACGCUUACAACCAACCCAAAGACCUCGUGUAUAGCCAGCCGGAGAUCCGGGAGAGAUCUCCUUACACCAUUGCAUAUGGGCCCCAAGGCACUUACAAAAAACACAUUGCUCCUUCCGAGCAAGUGAACCCCAUAAAUGCUGCACAGACGAAAACAGCCUCCAGUGCCAUUUCUCACACCGUCAGCACACCGGAGCUGGCCAACAUGCAGCUCCCCAACACUCAGAGGUGCGGCACUGCGCACAUCCUAAAGAACUACCUUUUCAGGCCACCGCCUCCCUACCCGCGCCCGCGCCCUGCCACCAGCACCCCUGACCUCGCCAGCCACCGCCACAAGUAUGUGAGCGGCAGCAGCCCCGACCUCGUCACUCGGAAGGUCCAGCUCUUGGUGAAGACCUUUCAAGAGGACAGCUCCCCAGUUGUCCACCAGUCCCUCCAGGAAGUUAGCGAGCCCCUGAUGACGGUCAAACAUCACGCCGCUGCCAACAAGCGCCACAGCUUGGAAGUGAUCAGCAACAUGGUGCGCGGCAUAGAAGCCAUGGCUUUGAAAAGCCUGAAUGCUCCCCUGCCGCGCAGGAACACCUUGCGCGAGCAGGUGCAGCCGGAGGAGGUGGUGGCAGUGAGGGGCCACAAGGUUCAGCAGCUCCCUCACUACCAGCACAAGAAGACCUUCUCAGAUGCCACAAUGUUGAUCCACAGCAGUGAAAGCGAAGAGGAGGAACCUUCAGAACGCGUGCCUUCCAUGGCAGCGCUCCAUGAAAACAUGGAAUACAGUGCUCAGCUGCAAGCCGCCCUGGCCAGGAUACCAAAUAAGCCUCCUCCCGAGUAUCCUGGUCCGAGAAAAAGUGUCAGCAAUGGAGCCCUGCGGAAUGAUCCGAUGAACGUCUCGCUGGCCGUGUCUCGAGCCAAGGCGAUGAGGCCAGGGCCCGCAAAGGCCAUCAGCAUCUCUCGGACUGACCAAAUGGUGAUGAAUGGCUCUUCGCUCGGCCCCUCCAUCUCUGAGCCCGACCUCACCAGCGUCAAGGAAAGAGUCAAGAAAGAGCCGGUGAAGGAGAGGCCUGUCUCUGAAAUGUUCUCUAUUGAAGACAGCAUCAUCGAAAGAGAGAUGAGGUAUCUAGAGAAACAGAAGAUGGCAGGCCUGGAGGCCCAGAAGAGGCCCUUGAUGUUGGCAGCGUUCAAUGGGCUCUCAGUCGCUCGAGUUCCAGUGCCUGAGGAUAGCCAGGAUGAAGGAGCCAAGGUGCCAAUGGAUGAGCGGUGUAAAAUCCUGAGGAGAAAACUGGAAGAGGGGAUGGUUUUCACUGAGUAUGAGCAGAUUCCAAAGAAGAAGGCAGAUGGGAUUUUUACCACAGCAAUCCUACCUGAGAACUCAGAGCGUAACCGUAUUCGAGAAGUCCUUCCAUACGAGGAGAACCGAGUGGAGCUGGUACCAACCAAAGAAAACAAUACAGGUUACAUCAAUGCCUCACACAUCAAGGUUACAGUAGGUGGAGAAGAAUGGCACUACAUUGCCACACAAGGACCUUUGCCACAGACGUGCCAUGAUUUCUGGCAGAUGGUGUGGGAAGAAGGGGUGAAUGUGAUCGCUAUGGUGACAGCAGAGGAGGAAAGAGGAAGGUCCAAGAGCCAUCGUUACUGGCCGAAACUCGGCUCCAAGCACAGUUCAGCCACUUAUGGGAAGUUCAAGGUGACCACCAAAUUCCGCACCGAUUCUGGUUGUUACGCCACUACAGGCCUGAAGGUCAAGCACCUUUUGUUAGGACAGGAGAAAACGGUGUGGCAUCUGCAAUACACCGACUGGCCAGAUCAUGGUUGUCCAGAAGAACAAGGCUUUCUCUCCUAUUUGGAAGAGAUCCAGUCCGUGCGCCGCCACACCAACAGUGUCCUGGACAGCAGCAACAACUGCAACCCCCCCAUUGUGGUUCACUGCAGUGCUGGUGUGGGGAGGACAGGUGUGGUUAUUUUGACGGAACUCAUGAUCGGCUGCUUGGAGCACAAUGAGAAAGUGGACGUUCCAGUGAUGCUGCAACAGCUGAGGGGGCAGAGAAUGUUCAUGGUCCAAACCAUCGCCCAGUACAAGUUUGUCUACCAAGUCCUGAUCCUGUUCCUACAAAACUCCAGGCUCAUUUAACAUCCUCAGAAGAGGUCCUUUCCUUUCUCCCCACCUCCCUUCACUCCAACACCUCCACAGCCUUUGGCAUCUGGCUGAGAAUCACUCCCUCGACAACACCUUGUUUGGCAGUAUUGUUCAAAAUUGUCUCAACAGUAAGGAGACGUUGUUCUUCAGUGCAGAUUAUUUUAUACUAGAUAAUUUAUUAUUGUUAUUUUUUUCCCCUUGAAAUGAUGUGUGAAUUUUCUUAAUUUGUGAAACAUGUGACGGCUUUGUAAUAAUUGAACCACGUUUGAGAUGACUGAUCUCCAUUUUAUAACCUGACUUCAGAGAGGGAGAUGUUCCUAUCUGACCAUGUUCUCUUGACCUUUUGCAUUGCUAUAUGACAAGCGAAGCAGCUUGGGCUAUUUUUAUUCGUGGUAAGAAUAUUUUGCAAGCUGUUUUUCAGGGCUGCGCACAUAGAAGAGGCAACACUACUGCGGGGGGGGGGGGGAAACCAUGGCUUUUAUCCAAAUCUGAAAGCAAAUAUAUUUCCAUAAUAUUAUUGAGAGGAAGCAAGCUGCUGCCCUAAUGUGUGCGUGCAUUUCAGAGAAGCAGCAGGACUUCCAGCGCGCUCUCAAGGCCCAGGUGUUCAGCAUUGGACAAGCAUGAUCAUUACCACAAUGGUAACGGUUAGAAACAAGGCUUCUACGGAUGCAGGUAGAAAACAGCUUGGAUGCUGCGAUAAGAUCAGUCCUAGAGGUUUUCUUGUAGGGUCCCAGAAAGAUGUCAUUGUCCCUUUGUCCCAUAAGUAAUGCUGAAUCUUGACUCAAGAAAGAGAUCUCGGUGAGUCCAUGGGGUCUAGUGUGAAUUAGCAGGAUUUGGGGGAAUCUUUCAAGGCAAGCCGUUCUUUGGACUAGUUGUUCUAUAGAGCACAAGCUUCUGCAAAGUUCUUCUGCACAAGCCCAUAAAAAAAGAGCGGGACUUUCAGAUCUUGCUCCGGUG